CAUCAAUCGCUCACACAGUACGAUCAACUCGGUAUUCUUCGACGACUUGUACUGGGAAGUCAUGGACGCGUACAAGGCGAUGGAUCAUGCAUCGACCGUGGAGGAACCUUUCCUCCCCGGAAGCAAUCACGUGUCCUUUGAGAGCAAAGAUCGAGUGCCCGCGGCCCUGUUUCUGGCCAACGUCGUCUCCGUCACCUACAUGGCGGUUGCUUGGGGCGCACCAAACUUGUCCAAGUUCGACUUCACUCCGCACAAAGGGCCAGUGCAUGACAUCGAUCCCGCCCGUUCCCAAGGCAUGAGCUUUUUCCUCGUGUCCCUUGCCAUGGGGAUCGUCGGCGCCGUGUUGUCCGCGGUGUGGUUGCAGGCGCUUCAACUGUACGCCUCGCGCAUCAUCUCAGUGACGUUGCAAGCAUCCGCGGGGGCGCUGGCCGUUGCAUCGAUUGCGGGGUUUGCCGAAGCAGGAAUCGCCGGUCGCGCCAUCGGGUUUGCCAACCUCUUCCUGGCGGCGAUGGUCGCCAUGUACUACUUCAACGUCCGCCAUCGCAUUCCGUUUGCUGCCGCCAACUUGACCGUCGCCGCAAAAGUCCUGCAGCGCUUCCCCCAGGUGGUGCUGGUGGCGUACGCUGCAAUUGCAGCGCAAGUGGCAUGGAUGCUUCUUUGGACCGUCGCUGUGGUCGGCGUAUGGGCCACGUCCGACUUGUUGUCGUCGUCAUCGUCGACGUUGAACAUGUAUCUCUUUUUGAUGUUGCUCAGUUUAUGCUGGGGACUCCACGUCUUGCGCAAUAUUGUGCACUGCACCACCGCGGGCACCAUCGGCGAAUGGUGGUUCUCUAUCGACACGCACCACGCCGUGCGUCGGUCCGCCCGCCGCGCCGUCACGUCGGCGUUCGGGUCCAUCUGCCUCGGCUCGCUCCUCGUGGCGGCGCUGUGGGCCCUGCGCCUGCUGCUGCUGACGACCAAACGCCGCAAAGGCGGGGGGGCCAACGCAUGCCUCGAGUGCAUCGCGGGGGCGCUGGACACGCACUUGCGCGCGUUUAACAAGUUCGCGUACUGCCAGGUGGCGCUGUAUGGCAAAGACUUUCGAACGGCGGGUGCCGACACGUUGCAGCUGUUUCGUGAAAAAGGAUACACGGGGAUCGUACAAGAAAGUUUGGUGUCAAUGGUGUUGUGCAUGGGCAGUCUUGUCGUGGGCGCGACGACGGGGGUCGUGGGCGUCGGGUACUUGUACGCGACGAUGGCAUGCUCCGAUGCCGAAGGCGCGGCCCUCUCCCCUCAGGAAUGCGAAACGUUCAACGUGGUGAUCAUGGCGUUCGUUGCGUGCAGUUCGAUGGGGUACGCCAUGUGCUCGGUCAUGUGUUCGACUCUGGAUUCGAUUGUGGCCACGAUCUUUGUCUGUUUUGCCGAAGAUCCGGUGGCGCUGCACAUUGCCAAUUCCGAGGAAUAUGUCCAGCUUGUCGACGCAUGGUACGAUCGAUGUAUAGAAAAUCGUGUAAAGUACAACUUUUGCCACCAUAAGUGUGUGUAGGCGCCAGUUUCACCCCGAGUUGCUCACUCACUCGACGUUUUCUACGUCUGUCAUGUACGCCUAAGUCCGUACAUGGUCGAUCGUUGCUUGGUUUAUCCCACGACCUACCUAUAAAUAUAUAUAUAUACAUACUUGAUGCAUCAUCUCCG